GUGUUAGAUUGUCAGUCAUAUUCAUUCAUUUUUGUCUCACCUGCAUAGCAGAGUGAGACUAUAGGCGCCGCUUUUCCGACGGCGGCGGCAGCGGCGUCAACACCAAAUCUUAACCUGAGGUUAAGUUUUUGAAAUGACAGCAUAACUUAGAAAGUAUAUGGACCUAGUUCAUGAAACUUGGCCAUAAGGUUAAUCAAGUAUUACUGAACAUCCUGCCUGAGUUUCAUGUCACAUGACCAAGGUCAAAGGUCAUUUAGGGUCAAUGAACUUAGACCAUGUUGGGGGAAUCAACAUCAAAAUCUUAACCUAAGGUUAAGUUUUUGAAAUGUCAUCAUAACUUAGAAAAUAUAUGGACCUAGUUCAUGAAACUUAUACAUAAGGUUAAUCAAGUAUCACUGAACAUCCUGCAUGAGUUUCACGUCACAUGACCAAGGUCAAAGGUCAUUUAGGGUCAAUGAACUUUGGCCGAAUUGGGGGUAUCUGUUGAAUUACCAUCAUAACUUUGAAAUUUUAUGGAUCUGAUUCAUGAAACUUGGACAUAAUAGUAAUCAAGUAUUACUGAACAUCCUGUGCAAGUUUCAGGUCACAUGAUCAAGGUCAAAGGUCAUUUAGGGUCAAUGAACUUUGGCCAAAUUGGGGUAUUUGUUGAAUUACAGCCAUAAAUUUGAAAGUGUGCUGGUCUAGUUCAUAAAACUUGGACAUAAGAGUAAUCAAGUAUCACUGAACAUCCUGUGCGAGUUUCAGGUCACAUGAUCAAGGUCAAAGGUCAUGUAAGAUCAAAGAACUUUGGCCACGUUGGGGGUAUUUGUUGAAUUGCCAUCAUAUCUCUAUAAGUGUAUUUGGUCUAGUUCAUAAAACGUGGAAAUACGAGUAACCAAGUAUCACUGAACAUCUUGUGCAAGUUAUAGUAGUUUUCAAAAUCAGCACUGCUGCUAUAUUGAAUCGCGUGAUGCAGGUGAGACGGCCAGAGGCAUUCCACUUGUUGUCAAUCAGCAAUAUCAAAUUAAAAAAUUGAGCAAUGGGUUGGCUCGAAUGAAUAUCUAUGGCCUGCCAGUUGUGAUUAGGUCCGUGCGACCUGUAUUAUAUGGCACAUUAAGUUUUUUUUUUAAUUUACCUUCCUGGCUUUUCUUAAGCAUCUAUACACUCACUUUAUCAAAAAGAAAUGCAUGAAAUAUACAGAUGUGUUAUGUAAUGACCAAUUUUAAUGUUACUCCUAAUGUCUAGUGUCCUAUGGAUUUACACACAUCCUACCUGCCUAUAUAUAGCUCAACAAUGGAUGCAACGUAGGGCCCAACAUCCUAUAAUACAAAAUUGUAGAUGUGCAUAGUGUGCAUAUCUGGAUACAAGAACUGCCCACAAUUAUAAAUACCAGAUUCACAUGAGUUAAAUGAGAUACAUGUAACAAUAAAAAGAAAUGAGAAUUAACAUACAAGCAUACUAUACAUUCACAUCUUCCUAUGACAAGGGGUGUAAGAGAGACAGAGGGAGAGAGGGGUGUUAGAUGGCUUGUAUUCUAAAGGAAUGGGGACUAGUCUGGCUAGAAAUAAAUAAAAGUUAGAACAAGAUAGCAGUAGCACUCAUUCUCAGCACCCCCCCCCCAGACAUACUUACCAUGCUUUUCUCUAUCCCCCCCCCUCCCUCUUGAAUCCACCACUAUUCAGUCAAAUUCUAAAGUUCUCUGUUCUCCAUCCCUUUCCCAUGAAGCAAUUUCACAAUUGCAAUUGAUCAAAGCCUAUCUAAUGUUUAGUAUCCUGAAAUGGGUGCUAUACACGAAUACAGCAGUGCUCGUUGGUAUACAAGAACACACGAAAACAUGCAACGCAGAGACUAAGGUUAGCCUACAAAACAGCCUAGCCUCGGUAUACAAACACAGAUGAUCUACUAAUCACAAUUUGUUACCUGAUAUACCACCUCUGUAGCCUUGCACAUGACCAUUAAGUUCAGUUUUUGGACCUCUUGAUGGCUAAAAAUAUGCAUACUAAUUGAAAAUAAUUUGCUACUGAAGAGUUUGGGCUGGUGUUUCAUCCACUACGGGAUUCCCCUUGUAAUAGGCCUAUAGUCUUGCUAUAGGGCUCACAGGCCUAUUUCAUUUCCCAUAGACUCGUGUGUUAAAGUGGCACUUAAAAAGAAUUCAUAAAAAAUAAGGAGGAAAUUCGAGGGUUGAAUGUUUACUACCAGUGGAUAGGAUAAAUGUCUGACAUUCCAUAUCUGACCAGAAAAGGGUACCUCGACCGGCUCAUUUAAAAAAUAAAUCGGCAUUUAUGAAGACUACACCUGCCGGGACCAAAUUCAUCACUUGAGAGAGUGAAAUGACCCUAAUUCUUCCGCCAGUAAAAAUAUGGUUCCAUAGUGGUGAUAUAUCUUUCCAAUUUGGAAAAAGUAAGUUCAGUAGGUACCCUCCCUAGAAUCAGUGUUAGAUUGUCAGUCAUGGUGUUACAUUUCAAGAUUUUACUAAAUAUUGAGAAUAGAGAAGAUAAACAUUGCAAUUAAAAAUAGACAAAUAUAAUUAACAAACAAUGAUGCAAAUUUCAUUUUGUGAAAAGACAUUUUAGAACAAAAAUGAUUGCAAAAAGCUUAACACGUUGAUUUCUGGGCAGUUUACUCUUCAAGGAAAAAUAACUAUGCUUACUAAUGCCUUCCUAUAUUUUAGCGAGUUGAGGACCACAGGAGAAAGUGGGACCGAGAUGAGUAUGAGAAGCUUGCUAAGGAACGUUUGGAUCAGGAGCUUGAAGCUCAGGCUGAGAAAGAGAGGAGGAGAAAAGAGCCUGUUGUCAAGCGUGAGCUUCUCAAGCAGCGUGAUUACAAGGUUGACCUUGACUCAAAGCUGGGGAAGUCCCAGGUCAUCACCAAGACAACUCCUUCCUCUCAGAUGGGCGGAUACUACUGUGAUGUUUGUGAUUGUGUUGUUAAAGACUCCAUCAACUUCCUGGAUCACAUAAAUGGCAAAAAACAUCAAAGAAAUUUAGGAAUGUCAAUGAAUGUCGAGAGGUCAUCUUUAGAUCAAGUCAAAAAGCGGUUUGAGAUGAACAAGAAAAAAGUGGAAGAAAAGAAAAAGGACUAUGAUUUUGAAGCCAGGUUACAAGAACUGAAAGAAGAGGAAGAAAAGCACAAAGCAUAUCAGAGAGAGAAGAGGAAAGAAAGGAAAAGAAGAGCUGAUGAUAGAGGGAUAGAUGGAAUGGAUCCAGACAUGGCAUCUAUGAUGGGUUUUGCUGGAUUUGGGAGUAAUAAAAAGAAAUUCUGAAGAACACCUGCAGAACAGAACACAUCCGAUUGUGGAACAUCAGAGACAAAGCAAGCAUAGCGGUGGCUCCAAGUCCAGUUGUAAGAGUGCAAUCUGUCAUGUUCUUAGUAUUGCAUGAUUGAAGUAUGAUAUGGGUGAUGAUGAGAUGAUAAAUUAGAUUACUGAGCUAGAAAGUGUAUCAUGAAGCAUUGUGUCUGUGAUUUUCAAACGAAUUUAAUCUGAGCCAAUCAUUUAUGCAAGGAUAAUUAGUAGCUUAUAACAAAUAGGCUGUGAAAAUCACUGACUUGUUUCAUGGAUUGCUGCCCCAAAUUCUAACACUAACUCGGGCUGAUAUUCUGACCUCUGGUAGUUAAGUCAAGCUAUGGUCAUGUCUGCUCAAAUCUUCGGAAGUCAGUGUCCGAAGAUUGUUUCACUCAGGUUUCUCACUUGGGUUUGAGAUUCUGAAUGCAUUUAUGUUUAAAAACCGAUUAUAGUUACCAUUCUUGAGUAGUAAAAGUUUUAGUGCCAAACAUAGGGAUGCCAGUUGGAUCUAUCAGAGGGAAUGAAAAUCACCUAGAAUAUAAUAUUUUGUACACAAAAAUUCUAAAACUAUGGCCUUAAAAUAAAUUGCCAGGGCCUGAAUUCAGGCUUUUGCCUAAAAAAACUGGCAUCCCUGCAAACAUGCUGAUGAUUAAAACAUCUGUCAUUAGUUUUGUAUCAGAGAUGGUCCUUGUUGCAUAAAAAAAUACUAUUAUAAUGUUUGCCAUCCAAAGGUAACUGCCAAGGUUACAAGUAGCCAAUCAGAAUCAAGGAUUUCAGGGAAAUGAUCAUUGGAUUGCAUAGUUACUGAUGAUAACUUUUAUGAAAUAGGGCCCUAAACAAUGCUGCCCAACUUUGGCAAAAGGAAGCAAGUGACACAUCAGUCAAAUUUUAGUUAUUGUUCCUUCUAAAACACCCUUUGUUUGUAGCAUGUUCAGGCAAAAUUUGAAGAAGAAAUGAUCGUUCUAUGGAAAGAUAUUGAAGAAAAUGUGCUGUGAAAUUGCAUUGACAUGUACAUGACAAACAUAGAUUGCUCAUUUACAACAAAUUAUACUUUUACAACUUGCUUCCUUUUGCCAAAGUAUGGCAGAAUGGUUUAGGGCCCUAUUUCUUAACAGUUAUUACCCGACUUAAGAACAUGGCCAUAUGAGAUUAGAAUAUGAUACUAAUUAGUUGAUCUAUAGCUUUGCACUUAAUGACAAUGUCAGUCCCAACUCCAGCUUCACUUGAAGUGGGUCAUUGUGACUGGUUUUGAUUCUGCACCAAUACCACAUCUACUCCAGGUUUUGAACAAUAAACAUGCAGGCAGUUAUUCUGAAGACCGGUUUAACUUGGGAGGCCACUGCGUAGGUCUGUGCUAAAAAAUAAGGUCAAACUUUGUCUAUGCAGUUUCUUCUUUCCAUGUGGAGAAAACUAUAUUAUUAUUUCCAGAUAAAAAUGAUUUUGGGUGUCAAAUUUAAGUUUUUGUGUCACAAUUGGCCAUCCAUAAUACAAGCACAAUUUUAGACUAGCAUUUGAAGCCUUGAUAGUCAGACACUUUUAUAAUACACCAAAUAAUCUUAGUCUCUUGUAUUUAGACAGACCUAAAUUUUUAUUCAACUUUCUAUUAUCUCAAGAGAAACUUCUGAGAAAUUUUCAAGGUAUUUUUUUGUAACUAACUUUUAAAUUGGUAAGAAACAUUUUUUAUAUUGGAGAUGAGAGAAAACUAAAUAUUUAGGCUCCAUUGUAUGAGAGUUGCAUCAUUAAAUUUGCAGAUAAUUCAUACCCCAUAUCGACCAAUCAUAUUUUUAGUUCUGACUUUUGGAUUACAGGGCCCAAAUGAGUAAACAUCUCUUUACCAGGAAUCAUAUGGUCAAAUUUGUUUUGGUUAAACUUUUUGGAAUGAAAUUCUAAUAUCAUUCUAAUUGGUUAUCCUUGCAUAAAUCACUUUAGGUCAGAAAUGAAAUAAAAAUGAACAUCAGAAUGCAGGCCAUAUAGUUUUGUUAUCCCCAUGUUUCAUUACAAUACCCUACCUUUAAUUGGAUGGUUCUAUGUAUCCUUUAGUGUUUUUCUCUUUUAGAUUGAUUUGUUUAAUUACCCAGGUGUGACUAAAUUUAGGACGUCAAAAAGCAAAAAGGUCACUCAGAAUUAUUUUUAAAUGAGAGUGCUUGUGGAGUUUUUACAACACAUUUCCAUUACUGCCCCUCCCCCAUUCUGGUUUACAUUUUGUGCAAUCUAGAAUUGCUGUUAGGUGGUAUGUUAAGGGACUCAUUUAUAUAUUGUUUUUAAACCUUAUAUCCUUGAAUAGGUUCAAGGAUGUCAUUUUGAUAUUUUUCCAGUCUAAUAAAUGAGCCACUAAUUGAAAUCUGGAAGAGAUGAUUUUCACCAACAUAUCCCUCUCUAUUAAAUUUAUAUUUGAAAAUAAUGAUACGUGGAAUAAGUUUAAUUUGGAAGGUGGGGGGGGGGGCUUGACCAUGUGAGCAUUAAGGAUGCAUGUUUGAAUGUCAACAUUGCUGAGAGUUUUUGUUUUUAAACCACAAGUUUUAAGUCAGGUCUUUUGUUCCAAGUGUCAUCCAAUGUGUUCAUUCGUCAUGCUAAUAACUAUUGUUUAUAUUAAAUGUGUAAAUAUCUGUAGAAUAAAAAUAAUAACAAAACCCUAA